AUUACUUUUUGGGUAAAGAGAAUUUUGAUGAAGGAUUUUUAUAAUCAAUAAAUCAGGGCAGAAGAAAAAAAAGAAAGAAAGUCGAAAACGACUGUAGCAAUUCAAAGAUUGUUUGGUUACGUUUAAAAGGCUUGCUUCCCGAGAUUCCUGCCUCCUAUUCCUCUGUAAUCUUCAUAUUGUUUUGUUUAGUAUACUGUUAUAUUUUUACGUUUUGAAGAGUACCCAGAACCCAAUCGUGUUCGUGAAUGGAUGGGCUUUGUUUGAAACCGGGUAUUCAUGGGAUGGCGCCGGCGAUCUCCGUGUCCGUGCCUCUGGAAUGUAGGACUCACACCGCCCAAGUGAGUGCGGUGGGUCGUUCAUCUGUGGAUCACAAAUCGGCAUCCUCGUCGUCGUCUGCGGCGGGGGUCCCUCCUCAGAGGACGGCUUUUUCCAGGUUCUCGUUUCGUCACCCCUUGAGAUCUUUGUGGCCCGGUGGUGGAGGUGAAGGUGGAAAUAACAAGAGGUACAACGGGAUGGCCGUCGACGACGCUGUUUUGGUGGAGAAUAAUAGCGGGGAGGCUAGGAUGGUACACGAGGAGAACGUGAGUGGUGGGGCAACGGCGGAAGGGUGGAAUGAGAAUUGGGUUUUGAAGAUUUUGCACGUCAAGUCGUUGUGGAGAGAAGGGGAAGAAGAAAAAAUCAGCGCCGACGAAAUAAGGGACACCGAAGAAGAAGAAGAAAACAAUGGAAACGGUGUCGUCAAUGAGGAUGAAGAAAUCUGUGAAUUCUGUAGAGUUGAUACUGCUGAUGAUGAUGAAAAUGAAAAAAAUGAGAUUGAAAUCGAUAAAGAUUCCUUCUCCAAAAUGCUACGAAGGGUGUCUUUAGCUGAGGCUAAGUUAUACGCUCAAUUGUCGUAUCUCGGAAACUUGGCUUAUGACAUUCCAAAUAUCAAGCCACAAAAUCUCCUAAAAUAUCGUGGUUUACGAAUGGUUACUUCAUCAAAAGAGAAGAGAGAACUGGGAACAAAAGCUGAGAAAAUUGGGUUGUCAUCUGAAAAUCUAAAGACACAAAGGGAUGAAAAGGAUGAUGAAGAAGGCCAAGAGCAGAAAAACCUUGGCUCCCGGAUCAGUGCCUCUGCUGCAUAUCAGAUAGCUGCUUCUGCUGCUUCUUAUUUGCAUUCCCAUACAAGGACCAUACUUCCAUUCAUAUCAUCAAGUCCUGAAAACAGUAAGGGUCCAUCCAAAGAUAGCAGUGGAAGUGCCAGCAGUUCUGAUAUGAUAAAUUCUGAUGUGGCUUCUUUAAUGGCAACCACAGACUCUGUGACUGCCGUGGUUGCUGCUAAAGAAGAAGUCAAACAGGCUGUUGCUGAUGAUUUGAACUCAACACAUUCAUCACCUUGCGAGUGGUUUAUAUGUGAUGAUGAUCAGAGUGCUACAAGAUUCUUUGUAAUUCAGGGAUCUGAGACGCUGGCAUCUUGGCAGGCAAAUCUACUUUUUGAGCCUGUUCAGUUUGAGGGAUUGGAUGUUCUUGUGCAUAGAGGUAUAUAUGAGGCUGCUAAAGGCAUGUAUGAACAAAUGCUGCCAGAAGUGCGUUCCCACUUAAAAUUGCAUGGGAAGCGUGCAACUUUCCGUUUCACUGGACACUCUCUUGGUGGCAGCUUGUCACUAUUAAUAAAUCUCAUGUUGCUGAUAAGAGGUGAAGUGCCAGCUUCAUCCUUGCUUCCUGUUGUAACAUUUGGUUCCCCAAGCAUCAUGUGUGGUGGUGACAGUCUUCUUCGCAAACUUGGGUUGCCACGAAGUCAUAUUCAAGCAAUCAUAAUGCACAGAGACAUUGUUCCCCGUGCCUUCUCUUGCAAUUAUCCUGAUCAUGUUGCUGAGCUUUUAAAGGCUAUUAAUGGAAACUUUCGCCACCUUCCUUGUCUUAAAAAUCAGAAACUACUGUAUGCACCAAUGGGGCAAGUUUUGAUUUUACAACCAGAAGAGAAAUUCUCUCCACACCAUCAUCUCCUUCCUUCAGGAACUGGUCUAUAUUGCCUAACUUGUCAGGUGUCAGAUAAUGAUAGUGAAGAGAAGCUGCUCUUGGCUGCACAGAGAGUUUUAUUUAACUCACCACAUCCACUUGAGAUCUUAAGCGACCGUUCUGCAUAUGGUUCUGAAGGAACAAUCCAAAGAGACCAUGACAUGAAUUCUUACUUAAAAUGUGUUAGAGGCGUGAUACGACAGGAGCUAAAACGCAUCAGGAAGACCAAGAGAGAGCAGCGACGCAAGAUCUGGUGGCCCCUGGUAUUACCUCACGACAUAAAUGCGGGUGGUAUCAUUCUUGGGAGGUCAGUAGCAACAAUGAAUGCGGGGCAAGACCAAUUCAACUUUGCUGGCGUUUUACAAACAGGGAGAGAAUCCUUGAAAAGAUUCAGUAGGCUGGUUGCAUCACAGCACAUGCAUUUGUUUGUGGUUCUUUUGUUGCCUGCCAAGCUGUUACUCGUAGGUGCAUUUAGCUUGAUCAGUCUCCGCUGAUCAUCUUAUUUGGUAGGCCAUUUAAUGUUUGUUCCUAGAGGUGGCGAGCCGAUUCUUUAUUCAUUGAGUUAGAUAAGGAAACUCAAGACAUUUAUUCUUUUUCUUUCUUUUAAUCAGAUGAAAAUCUCAAAUAGAUUUAUUGAGAUAGCAUUUGUUUAUGAAUUAUAGGAAAUGAAAAGACCCCAAAAGAGAAGAGAAUUACACUUUGAA